GAUUUGUUGAUAUACUAUCAACAACCCUAUUCACAACCCUAGCUAUACGUGUUGGUACGGUCGGCGGUUAUGCGGGUAUUUCUAAUCUAAGCCAUACACCUAAAGAUACAGUGCGGAAUCGGAAAGUCGAAUGCAAUAAAAGUGUGUUCUGGGCGCUGUCAACUUAGUAGUUAAUUGCAAAAGCUUCUCAAAGUAGGAUACCGAGAGAGUGUUAACCAAAUGUUAGUUUAAGCCUAAAGUGUAAACUAGUGUAAGCCAAAAGAGCGAUCUUGUUAUCAAAACGCGUCUAAACCAAGCACACAUCCACAAAAACACCAAAAACACAACUAAAUACAUCUUCCAAGAAGAAGAAGAAGAAGUAGCCCGCGAAGUACCAGGAGAGCUGCCAGGAGAAGCUCUCUGGACCAUUUCAGUCGCGACCAGUAACAGUAACUCGGCAAAAUAGCUAAAUCCAUUUUGCAGUUCUUAAAAAAGAAAAAGUCCCAUCAUAGUUCGGCAUCCGGCGAGGGCAAGCUACAGGCGCAGUCCAGUUGCGAGGAGGAGGGCGGAGCGGCAGGAGCGGGAGCGGCAGCGGACCAGGCUAGCAGCAGCAGCAGCGGCCCAUCGGCAGCAGCCGCCGCCGCCAGCCAGAAGAGCACGCCCCCCGCAGCCACGAGCUCGCAGCCCACUUCGGGAGCGGAAGCCAGCGGAUCAGGUAGUGGUGGAGGAGGAGGAGGAGGAGCAUCCGGUUCCGGUUCGAGUCAGGAUCACCAGUCCGAUCAGCAAGCUCAGGUCUCGGCCAGCGCCACGUUCCGUCUAUCCUCGCUAACGGGCACUAUCUCCAAGAUGGGCAACAACGCGACCACCUCGAACAAGAAGGUCGACGCCGCCGAGACGGUGAAGGAGUUCCUCGAGCAGGCCAAGGAGGAGUUCGAGGACAAGUGGCGCCGCAAUCCGACCAACACCGCCGCCCUCGACGACUUCGAGCGGAUCAAGACACUGGGCACCGGGUCGUUCGGUCGGGUGAUGAUCGUCCAGCAUAAGCCCACGAAAGACUACUACGCCAUGAAGAUCCUCGACAAGCAGAAGGUGGUCAAGCUGAAGCAGGUGGAGCACACGCUGAACGAGAAGCGCAUCCUGCAGGCCAUCCAGUUCCCCUUCCUCGUCUCGCUGCGCUACCACUUCAAGGACAACUCCAACCUCUACAUGGUACUGGAGUAUGUGCCCGGUGGCGAGAUGUUCUCCCACCUGCGCAAGGUGGGCCGCUUCUCGGAGCCGCACUCGCGCUUCUACGCGGCGCAGAUCGUGCUGGCCUUCGAGUACCUGCACUACCUGGACCUCAUCUACCGGGAUCUGAAGCCGGAGAACCUGCUGAUCGACUCGCAGGGCUACCUCAAGGUGACGGACUUCGGCUUCGCUAAGCGCGUCAAGGGGCGCACCUGGACGCUGUGCGGCACACCGGAGUACCUGGCGCCCGAGAUCAUCCUAUCGAAGGGCUACAACAAGGCCGUCGACUGGUGGGCGCUGGGUGUGCUCGUCUAUGAAAUGGCAGCCGGCUAUCCGCCGUUCUUCGCGGACCAGCCGAUCCAGAUCUACGAGAAGAUCGUGUCCGGCAAGGUGCGCUUCCCGUCGCACUUUGGUUCGGAUCUGAAGGACCUGCUGCGCAACCUCCUGCAGGUCGACCUGACCAAGCGCUACGGCAAUCUGAAGGCGGGCGUCAAUGAUAUUAAGAACCAGAAGUGGUUCGCCUCCACCGACUGGAUUGCGAUCUUCCAAAAGAAAAUCGAGGCGCCGUUCAUUCCGCGGUGUAAGGGCCCCGGCGAUACGAGCAAUUUCGACGACUACGAGGAGGAGGCGCUGCGGAUCUCCAGCACAGAGAAGUGCGCCAAGGAGUUUGCUGAAUUCUAGAAGAAAACUUUGCCCCGCAUCCCCGCGUUCUGCCGGCCACCUGCCGGCCAUUGUCACCGGCACUGGGAUCUGCAACUGCAACAAAAGCAAAUCGCCACCCGGCAUCGUCGCGGCAUCCCCGGACCUCGUCCUCAUCGUCGUCGUUGUCGUCGUCUUGUCUAUAUGUCUACUACUUGCAACUACAACUACAACUACAACUGUAACAGUCAUCUACCACCCACCCAUCCAUCCAUCCAUCCAUCCACCGCCUGAACACCUCUGCGUCUAUCUGGGCAUGUCCAUGUCCGUAUCUUCAACUGCUUAGACCCACUUUUAUGUCAACAUUGGAUUCAUGGAACACCAUAACUAGCAAGAAUCAUCUCCCUCCCUCUCCGUCUGCGUCCAGUUCGAGCGGAGCAGUUCGACGUCGCCUUUUCACCCAGGACCUGGAGACCAGGAGAGUACUAUGAGAGCAUACAGAGUAGCCGAAAAUAAUAAGGACCUACCCCCACAUUAAUCUUCAUUCAUAACAUAUAGCGUAUAUAACCUCGAGACUACAGAUAUUUAGUUGUAACGUAGCUUAGUCUUAACUGAAAAAGAAACAAAAGAGCAUCCAAGAAGGGAAAUCAGUCAGGAGAAGGAGGGCCGAUACAGAACCACAAAGCAAGCAGAGGAUAUCCAGGAGAAACUGUCAUCUAAGCCAGGGCUAAGGAAUUUUAUUUCAUUUGGAUCGGUCCCCGGACCGGUCACCCAGUCAGCUGCAGCCACAACUUGAGAGAAUAAAACGCUUUAAUAAUUUUUAAAUUAAAUACAAAAGGUUAAAUUUAACACAAAAAUUAUGGCGCACACAGUGUGCUUGAAAAAAAAAAACAAGUUAAGUAAACAAAGAGCUGGCAGACCUUACGAUGAAUAAAGUGUGUAAUGAGAAGAAACGAGUUCGCUUACAAGCCCCCUCCCCCCCAGAGAUCCAGACUUGGAAAAAGAAUCCCAAUCGAGGACACUUGCGUGUUGGCCAGUGAGUGAUCCGACCGGACGGACACUCUUAUGCCAGGUACUCCUCCCGCUAGGCGAGCUUGCGACCCAGUAGCUUCGCGAUGUUAGGCGUCUUACCGUAGACAUGUCCCUAGAUAUUUAUAUAUUAUAUACACGUGUAUAAUUGUUGUACAAUCAGAGCGACGACGUGCAACAAUAAACCGCCCGCCCCCGACCAGAACUCGAUGUACUAGAACCAGAUAGAUAAUUCGGAACCAGAAUCAGACCAUUAUGCUCACCCAUCCGUCUUGGCGGCAUGACUAGUUGUCCAUCCAUCCAUCCACCCCCAUUACUCGCUACUCAAAAACGCCCCAAAAUAUUGAACAUUAAAGCAAGUAAAGAAACAUUUGAAACGCAGCAAGAAAUAUAUAAAGUAAAAAUAAAAAAAACAAAAAAGUCUAAAUGUUUAAAAAUAAGCCACGUAAAACAAAGAAAAAUGAAAAAAAAAAAAAAUUAACUGAAAUUUGUGUGUAUAAAACGUAUAGAAAUUAGCAUUAACUGAAGAAGAAGUCGACGAUGUUGGAGGAGUUGAAGAAAAACCUAUAUAUACACAAGAUUGAAGCAUUAUACUUACCAAGAGCAGAACAAAGAGAAUAUCAGCAAGCCAACUAAGUAUAAUAAUUUGAAAAACAAAACUUAAAAAUUUAUAAACAAGAAAUGAGAAAUGAUUUAAGAAGAGAAAAGGCAACUUUAGCAGUUACGAUUAUAUUCAAGAAGAUAUCGAUCGGAAUAUAUUUAUUGUUUCGUUAUGUGAGGAGAGGAGUGGAAAUCAUUUUAAUUAGGCUGAAAAGAAAAAGAUAUCGAAGUCGAUUCCAAGCUACUUUGUUUGUUUUUUUUUUUUUUAAUUUGAAUGACACUUCUCUGUAUUCCUUUCCCUGUUAUUAUUUAUUUUUAAAAGUCAAGACUUUUAAAUUAUGUUGUUGUUGUGAAAAGAGAGAUAUAUAUACAGAGCUAGAGCCACUCGGGAUCGUAACAAUUAAAAUUAUUUAUAAAUACUUUUUAUGUUUUCUAUGAUUAUUUGUUCAACUAGUUGCGAGACAAAAGUCAUAAAUAGGCAUUAAUUAAGCAUCUAAUUUAAUAAUAAAUAAACGUAAAUGAAACAAAAAAAAAAUCAACAAAAAAGUUGAAGUUCAUCGACUAAGAAGCCGAUGAUGUUUGUAGCCACGAAAUGUUCACAUCACAUCCAAAAUGUCUCCCGCUGGAAAGUAUGCGUUCCCUUCUAAUUUGCGCCAGGGACUCUGGGUCCUUGGUCCUUUGGUACACAGUCUACGGUAGUCUGAGCGUAACAAUUUAAUGUGGAUAUAUAUAACUAAUCACGUACGAUUAAAUAUAUUCGAUUCGAAUGUGCAGAAGGUCGGAGCCAGUCGGAGCAACAUUAACUUUGUGCAAUCUUUCUUUUUUUUGUCUUUUGUCGUCUGCUCUUCGGCAGAUACUGUAUCCGAGGAGCCCAACUCGAGCUUUACUAUCUGACUAACAUUUGUAUGCUUUUCGUUUGCGUAUCAACUGCAGCUUGCACUAAUUUUGAUUAAUACUACUAUAUAAUUCUGUUCGUUUUACUUCUAAAGCUUAGCAAUGCCUUACCCUCAGUCCAAGAUCUGUUUCGGAAGAACCUUUCGUUCGUUAUUGUUUUUAUAUGUGUGCGUGCAAAAUCGAGGUAUAUAUUGAAUUAAAAUAUAUAUACCAUAUAUAUACAUACAUAAAAAUAAAAUAUGAUAUAUACACGAGAUGAUGAUCAAGAACGCAAGAAAUGAGAAAGCAAAAUUCAAGUUAUUUAAUUUAGUUUAUACAUUUAAGUUUAUAUAGCAAGUGCAUAUAUAUAUAUAUAUAUUUAAAAACCAACAAUUAAGAUGAUAAAUCUUAAAUAAAUAAAAACAACAACAAACAACCAAAACAAACACAUACAAACAAACAUACAAUAAAAAACAAAUUUGAGAAAAAGUAAAAGAAUUAUUAAGUAAACGAUGGAUAAGAAGGAGAGGAAACAUGAAAAACACAAAGGAAAAGAAACAAACAAACAAAAAAACCAAUAAAAUGAAUUUGAAAUCCUUAAAAAAUA